CUUGUUUUUUUUUUUUUUUUUUAAUUUUUUUAUUUUAAAUAAAUCAGAUUUUUUAAAAACAAUUAUUUUUAUUUUUUGAUCCACUAACUGUAUGACACGUGGCAAUUUUUAUAUAAAAAAAAAGUUAACCUUUUUCUUCAGGUAACCGGUCAUUUGGGUCCUAUGAAAGAAAAUAUCCCUAAAAGUUGGGAUUUAUCAGGGAUAACGCGUAAUUGGGAUUUUUUAAAGUAAAACGCCCAAAGUUGGGAUUUAUAAGAGCAACUCCAAUGGCAAGCUAAUUGUCAAAUUAGCUUGUCUUGCCACAUAAGUUUUCAAGCAAAUUAUGUUUGUAGCUAGUUUGAUCCCCAAUGACUAGCUAUUAGCUUAUUAAUUUAUUAAUUGUCAAAUUAGCUUGUCGUGCCACAUAAGUUUUCAAGCAAAUUAGCUUGCCAUUGGAGUUGAUUUUUUGGCAAGUUUUUUUGGCAAAGCUAAUUUGCUUGACUAAGCUAAUUACAUAUUUUUGCUCCAAUGGUCAAGCUAGUAGCUAGGGACUAUUUAAAAUUGCAAGCAAGUCUCUAACUACAACCAUUGGAGUUGCUCUAAAAUGAAAAUUUCCAUUAUAAAAUAUAAUAUACAACUACUCACAAAUUGACACAAGAUCGUUGUAGAUUAAAUAUAUUCAGUUUAGGUUGGAACGAGGAUAAUGGCCAUGGUAGGAUAUUAAAGAUGAAAGAUAAGCAUGAGAAUUGGACUUUAAUCUAUUUUUCAAUUGUUAUAGUUAUUAUAUAUUUACAAAAUACUAUACUCCGACAACUCCGUAACAACUUGAUAACCAAUUUUGAUGAUUAACCUUAUAAUGUUAAUAUAAAUUGCCAUGAGUAUUUUUUUUAGUAUGUUUCCCGAACUUAUUUACUAAAUACUUUGAAGUUUGAUCCUUACAUCUAUAUCUAUCUAUACUCUAUACUUAAGUAUUUAAAAAUACAAAUCAUAAUUUUUCAUAUGACACAUGUCAUCACAAAUCACUCAAUACCACAUAUGACACAUGUCACCCCUUUUAAUCUUUUUCUUUAAGUCUUUAUGCAUUCUAUAACUUGCAAAUUCAAUUAAGAAAAUGUAGUGUUUCAUUUCCAUCGUAAUAAAAUAAAGUUCAACCAACUAAUAUAUAUCACAUAGACAUAUGAAUUGAAUUACUACGUAUAUAAAAAUUGUCUUUUCAAUUCUUAGACUUAAAACAACUUAAAAUUAAUAUGCCAUUUCAUAUCCUACAAUCUUCAUGUAUAUAUACGUAACUAAAUUCCAUCAUCUUUUUCCAUAGUUCUACCCUCAUUCUUUUUUUUCCUUUUAUGUUUUAGCAAUGAAACAAUUACUUCGUAUUUCAUAUCAAAAGUUUCAACUAUUGAAAUACAUACCUACAUAUGAAAUAACCUAGGUAAAAAUCUGUGCAUCGAACGGGCCAAAAGACUAGUUAAUGGCUAAUUUCACCACACAAGCCUUAGGAUGCUAUUUUAGUGUAUGUUUUGUAUACGUACAUAAACAUAUGAAAACUAGGCCAAAACUUCUAGAAAAUGUAAAAACAAACCUACAUAUAUUAAAAUAAUUUUUUCCUUUAUUUGUUACUUGUUAGGUAAUUAAGAUUUAUUAAAGUAAAUCCAACCGCGUUAGUAUUAUAAUUUUCUUAGCCACGAUUUUCUCAAAAACCCAAAUAAAAUAUUUUUUUACCAAAAUAUAAAAGCCAGCUGUUCAUGCUCUUCCACAAGGUCUUUGCUGCUCCACUAUAUAUCGUUCUCUUCAACCCUAAGUAAUCAAAACCUCGUCAAACACGUUCGUUUAAAAUUCUUAAAAAAAAAAAAAAAAAAGAAAAGAAAAGAAAAAAAAAAAUAAAAAAGUCCAUAUUUUCACACAUAUUGUGUCAUCACACAAAGUUGCCAAGCAGCCGUAUCCCUUGUUCUCAUCCCUGCAGCCAAAGUCGCAGCAGCAGCAGCACCUGCCGCUUGGGGAGUCUUGGGACUGUUGCUGCUGGCUGCUGCAUUCACCUGCCGCUAGGAAUAUCUCUUUGUAGGGCUUACACACUCUUAGCGUUGGAAGUAAGAAGUUUAAGCAUGGGAAAAACGCUGGAUGCAUUGCUAGGAAGAAGCUUUAAGGCUUCCAAAUUCAAAACCCUUGUAAACCUUGCCAUAUCUCGGCUUUCUGUCCUUAAGAACCAGAAGCGAGCGCGAUGUUCCAUUGCUCGCUCUGAUGUCAUUCAACUCCUCCAAAUUUCCGAACACGAGCGUGCUCUCAUCAGGGUUGAACAAGUGAUCAAGGAGCAAAAUAUGUUGGAUGUGUUUUCCAUGAUUGAGAGUUACUGCAUUCUUUUGAGCGAGAGGGUCAAACUUAUUGAAGAUGAAAAAACCUGCCCUGAAGAGCUUCAAGAGGCUAUAUCAAGCCUGAUUUUUGCAGCAUCAAGGUGCGGAGAAUUACCUGAACUACAGGAGAUACGCUAUAUUUUUUCAUCCCGUUAUGGCAAAGAGUUCACCCUUCGAGCUACUGAAUUACGUAACAGAUGUGGUGUCAACCUCAAGAUCAUCCAGAAACUAUCGACUAGGCAGCCAAGUUUGGAAAGCAGAAUGAAGUUGCUGAAAGAAAUAGCUGAUGAAAAUGGCAUCAAAUUGCAGCUAGAGGAGGCUCCUUCAACAGCAGCAGAGGUAAAUAAAGAAGAGGACAAUCGUAGUGCUAAAAAUCAAUCAGCUACUUCAGGAGUUAAUUUUGGAGAUGAUAGGAAGGACUACCCUGAAGAAAUGUGCAGAGUUGGGGAUUUAAGUCUUUCAUUGAAUAGGGGAAAGCAAUAUAAAGAUGUAGCAGAAGCUGCCCAAGAAGCCUUCAUGUCUGCAGCGUAUGCAGCUUCUGCAGCAAGAGCUGCUGUGGAUCUCUCUAGGUCGACUUCUGGGGGACCACCAGAUGAUCUCAAUCAUCCAAGUAAUAAACAGAGAAAUCAAGUCAUGGAUUCGAAUAGUGAAGUAAAAUCAAGAACUGUUGAUAGUCAGAAAAGUUAUUCACAGGAACUUAAAGACUCUGUUUUGCGGCAUGAAGAAGUUCAUCCAUUCGACAGUUAUAGCCUUAGUUCUGAUGAAGAGGAAAUCUGUCAAAGCGACGAGAUGAUAAACGUCAAGCAAGUAGAUCCAAUAAGCAUUUCUUCAGGUAGAGCAGAGCAGAACCUGAAGUUCAAUGAGACUAUGAACGAAGAUGUAGUUAAGAGUGAGACCUAUUCAGUUGGAAACAAAGAUGAACAGGAAAAAAGAGAAACCAAGCUGCUUUACUAUUCUCCUAAACAAACAGCUACUAAUAUUCAAGCUAACUCCAGGAAAGAAAGCGAGGAACACAUUUCUGCAGGAAUGGCUGUGAAGAGUUCACAGAGAUUGAAUACAGUGAAAAGGCCUGUUUCUGUGAGGACCAGAAGAUAGCAUUGAUACCUAAAAUGCUAUUGAAGUUAUCUAUAGAUGAGCCAGAGGAGUGUCUGAGUUUUUUUUUUUUUUUUUUUUUUUGGCCUCUUUUUUUUUUCAUUGCUACUCUGCAGAACGUAUAUAGAGGCAAUAGUAAAUGUAUUUAUCAUUAUAAAAACCUAAAUGUAGCCUUAAAUUUUGCAAAUCUGGAAAAGAAUUUUGUUUACUGAGCUCGAGUAAGCUUCAAAGCAGUUCAUUACUAUCCGGUCAAUGUCCCAGAACUAGCCACUAUUCAAAAUCUAUUGCAUUAAGUGCAGAAAC